GACUCUGGAGUUUACCAGUGUUUGUCUGAGAAUAGUGAAGGUGUCAUGCUUAAGGAAGCAAUCCUCAAAGUAAUAGAAAACCCAGCAAAACCUUUUAUUACCGGUGAUCUGGAACCAAAGGUGAAUACCUACUCCAAGUUUACCUGUUCAAGACAAAAUUCUGAUUAUGAUACUUACGCAGAAGUGUUUGCUUCAUUGUACAAGUGGUAUGUCAACGACACUUUACUCAAAAAUGUAUCGAGUCAUACAGGUUUAUGGUACAGAAGGCUCUAAAGUACAACAAAUACUCAUGUCAAAUACCCUCCUCUGUUAGAAGUGACCAGGUUCAAGUUAAUCCUUCUUAUGGCCCUAGCAAAGAAGACCUAAAGAUUUCUCCACCAAUAAGAGAUAAAAUAACUAUAUGUGAUGGGAAUACAAUCGGUCCCUAUACUUGUGCUGUUGACUGUAAUCCUCCAUGCAGUGUUCAGUGGAAGUAUACAAAGUGGAAUGGUCGGCUGGUGAAUGCAACACACUUAGGUUAUAAAUCUGUGACAUUAUUGAAACGUCAGAUAGACAGAGAGGAAGUGGCAGAAUUAAAAUGUGUGACUAAAGGUCGUGAAAACAAAGAGGAAGCACUGAUUAUAAACAUGGAAAUUCAACAUUUGUCCGAACCUAUGAUUUAUAUAAAUGGUUUUCUAAAAAGAAACGUUUCUGAUAUACAAGAGGGCACACUUCUCCAGAUGUCAUGUCAUGUGGAUGGGAAUACUAUCCCUACAGUAACGAUCUACAGAGGAAAGGGGAACAUGAUUCUUGGGAAACAGGACGAUCAUUGGUUUAAUCAUACUUUUGAAAAGGUUCAUUGUUUCGAUACAAACAUAUUCAUAUGUAUAGGCAGAUCGAAUGUUUGUUCAACUGAAGAGACAAAAGUCCCUGUAAAUGUUCUUUUAUCGAUUAAGAUACAUAUCAUUGCGAACCCAAAACCAAAGCUUAUCAAAUGGUAUGGAGUAUUUCCAAAUCCCUGUAUCGUUUCUACAGUCACUCAAAGAAAUCAAGUCUUCCGACAUUGGGUGUCCGGUACAAUCCCAAUCUAUAAUAAGAGCUUUCUUGGAAACUAUACCUUAUAUGGAGAUGAAUUUGAAAUAACAACUAUUCACCUAAAAGGGCAGAGUACAUUUAGUUCACCUGUGACUAAGCUCGACGCUUGGAUUAUUGUUGGACCUCUUGUUGGUGUAUUUGUUCUUCUGAUGACCAUCAUUUUUGUUUAUAAACACCGUUGUUAUAAAAGUGUUGCUAUUGUGAAAAAGGAGUACCAAGAUAUUAACAUGGACGAAAAGGAAGAACCGGAAGAGCAGUCCAAUGAAUACGAAGGGAUUGCUAACUCCGAUAUUGUAAACUCUGAGGUUAUAAGCACAGGACAGACCACUGAGUUUCAAACUCUAACACACAGUCAAGAUCAAGAUGAUCAAUACGAAGAUCUCAACAUUUAACAUAUUUCCACUUUAAACCAAUCGUUAUGUGUGGCUUUUUUAUGUUUUAUUCUCAUAAAAUCUUCAAGCAUUUACAUUUUUGCGAUUUAGGAAACAUUUAGAAAACAACUUACACAAACA